AUGGGUCAAAUACUUUCGACUCCAAACGUAACGAGGGAACAGUCGUCUGAUCAAGAUGAGAAACUUUAUUAUGGUCUCUCUUGUAUGCAAGGGUGGCGUGUAUCUAUGGAAGAUGCCCACACGACAAUCUUAGAUUUGUGGAAACAAGAGAAAAACAAGAAGUUGGGCAAAAGCGAUUAUGCCGCACUUUUCGGAAUCUACGAUGGACACGGAGGAGAUGAAGUAGCCAAGUACCUGGGAGCCAAGUUCGAUGACAUUGUUACAGGUGCAUACGACGAUAACCAAGAGAAAGGGUAUGAAAGUUGGUUGACAAGUGCUUUCUUGCAGGCCGACAGGCAAAUGUUGAGUGACCCUCAAGCUCAGUACUUUACCAGUGGAUCUACCGCUACUGUAGUGGUAAUCGAAAAUGACACCCUCGUUUGUGCUAACGCCGGUGAUUCCAGAUCUAUCCUAUCGGCUAAUGGUGCCGUUAAGGCCCUAUCUUUUGACCACAAACCCAGCAACGAAGGAGAGAAGGCUAGAAUAGUUGCAGCCGGUGGAUUUGUUGAUGUCGGUAGAGUCAAUGGUAAUCUCGCCCUGUCCAGAGCCAUUGGUGAUUUUGAGUUCAAACGGGCAAAUGAUCUUCCAGCUCAUGAUCAGGCUGUCACAGCACUUCCAGACAUUAUAGAGCAUAAGAUAACACCCCAGGAUGAGUUCAUUGUCUUGGCUUGCGAUGGUAUCUGGGAUUCUUUGACAUCUCAGCAAGUUGUUGAUAUUGUUCGUUAUUACGUUAAGGAAGGUAAGCCGUUGGAUGUCAUUGGAUCUGAGAUUGUUGAUAUCUGUUUAGCUCCAGACUCAGCUGGUUCCGGUAUUGGUUGCGAUAAUAUGUCUAUCUGUAUAGUAGCUUUGCUACAGGGAAGGACGAUUGAAGAAUGGUAUGAAUACAUGAAGGAAAAGAUUCCUGAUAAUUUGAUCAAUCCUGGUGAACUUCAUCUGGAUCUGUAUGCAUCUACUCUUGCUGACAAGAAGAUUUGGAUUGAAGAUUUAGGAGGAUACUCCAACAAUAGUGACGAUAAGAGUUCCCAUAUCAGUGACGACAAUGAGACGACAGGUGAUACCAAAGAUGAAAAUGAGCAUGUUAGAGAUCUUAUUGAUGAGCUCCUGAACGAUGAAUCUGUAAGAGGAGACAAUGGUCAUAUCUACCUGGAUAAGGUCAACCCUGGUUUGCUUGCCCGGCUAUUAAGAAGACCUUCACCAAGUGACGAGCGAACGGCUGAGGGAACUUCCGUGUUAAAGGAAGAAGACACCGAUGAAGAUGAAAGCAAGUAG